GGUAACACUGCGAGUAAUUGUUUACGGUCCCUUGAUUUUCUGAUGAAAUCUCACUCCGACACACGGAAGCAACACGGCGGUUAAAUUAGUCUUUAUUCGCGAAAACCAGAACAGUAUCAACACCGAAAGAAGACAAGAAAUCGUGUAAACUGAGAAAAAAGCCAACAAAGUGUGUUUAUUUAUCAAGACUCUACUUCGGUUUACUAACCGGUCAGAUAGAUAGCUGCUACUGCUAAGCUAAACCCGCUAAACUAGUUAGCUUCUCCCGUUCCUAUCUAUGAGCUGCUACUGCUAAGCUAACCUGUUAGCCUAGCACCGCCGGUGAGACCUCCAGACAAAAUGGCUCUUCUCUCGUCCUCAAACAGGGAUUCAUCCUUCACCGUGUUUUCCGUCGCCGUCUUCACUAAGUUCUCCACCAGAAAGAAGUCCAACCACCGCUGUCAGUGGGGCGCUGCUGCCGGUGUCACGGACAGUAAUCCCUGGGUUCCCUCUCGCUGUGACGGUCCGUGCGCUGAAGACUAAAGUUUCACUAAAAACACUCUAAAUGGAUCAUACAGCUGUCACAGCGGAACUGAGAUAAUGUCACAUGGGUAUGUAUAAUUAAUAUAUUGGAUAUUUGGCACUUUGAAAAGAAAAUGUUCAGAACUAUGAGCAGUGAGAGACACGGGCAGAGCUCGUCGUCUCCUGCCGGCCGUGGAGUCUCCUCUGCCGGGCUUGUAAACCAGGAAAGCUCGUGGAUCGGCCUUCUGUCUAGGCCCGCGAUGACGUUUUUACAAAGCUAUCUCCCGGGGCGACCGCUCCGUGCCCAGUCCCGGUCUGAUACAGGAACCGGGUGGAACCGCGGGGAUUUACAUUUAAAAAACAGCUUUGUUGAUGCGGAAAGUGAUUUUUUAAGACAGCUGGACGACAUUAUGCCACUAAACGUCACCCAUCAUCCGGGUCCUCACGUGCCAGUUCUGCGGUGUCAGAACGCCGGAGCCGCCGGGCUGCUGGAGCCCCGAGCCGGCGGCACGAUACCGUGGAUCACCGCCGAUUCUCUGCGGGAACUUGGGAUUCAAAGCGCCGAAGGAAUGGACUUGAAUUCCUGCCACCAGCAAACCCACGAAAGUGGAUAUUUGUCUUCUGCGUGGACUUCUUUAAGUCAUGUUUUUAUAAGCUUGAUUUCAUCUCAGGAAAUCGGCCCCCCAGCGGGGAAGGAGUGGGGGCCAGCGGGGGCCUCUGUGACGGGCGGCAUGGGUAAGAGCAGAACGUGGUGGGACAGUUUCUGGGGCGGCGAGGAAAGCUCCCAGAGAGGGUUGUUAUAUCUGCCCCGGGCCGGCACAGCCCAGACGCUUUGUCCACAACAACAACCCGAAACAAGCGAAGAGGGAUGGACGCUGGGAGAAAACACUGGAGCCUCUCAGCACAAAGAGGAGUCGGGUAACAAUGGAGGGCUCCACACCGCCCAGAACACUGAGUGGUUCGGUGUUAGGGAGCACUGGAGCCGGUUAGGAGCCGAGGCUGCCGCCGCCUGCAGUGUGGCGGUGCUGCUGACCCCCGAGACCGACAAUGGUUACUCCAGUCCGGAGGAGGAACACUUACAGCUGUGCGUCCAGGUGUGCCAGCUGAAGAUGUUGAGUGAAGAUCAGCAGGAACACGAAACAGAAAACACAGGAAAGGGAAAGGAGACUUCAGAGGACGGAGAGUGUGACGUUACAUCAGGACAGGAGGUGGAAGAAGAAGAAGAACAGGAAGCAGCUGCUCCGGACGCCUCUCCAGAGGAUCCGUGUGCGGCGACGCCUCAGUGCCAGAAUAAAGCCAUCGCCUUCAUUAUGGGAUGCCCCUGCAGCGACGACAGCCAAUCAGACGAGUCCUCUGAUGAGGAUGAUGAUGAUGACGAUGAUGGCUUCGACAGCGAAGGUUUGUCUGAUCCGUCCGACUCGUCAGAUGAAGAAGACGAAGAAGACUCAGACAGCGAGGCGGAGUCUGAGCCUGACUCUGAGGCGGAGCGUCUGUGGCGUUCGCUGUGCCAUAGCGUCGACCCGUACAACCCCAGAAACUUCACCGCCCAGCUGCCCACAGCCCGCACGCCGCCCCGCACCGUCCCUGCCGCCUCGCCUCCGUCCUCCACGCAGUCCUCCCCCGCCUCCUCGCCGCCAUCCGGCGCCGACAGCUGGGACGACUCGGCGUCGGCCAGCGAGGCGGACGAAGCCGAGAGCCUCCGCCUGUUGAACUCCUUCGGCUGCUCCUCCGACCCGUACAGCCCCUUUAACUUCCAGGCACCGCUCCGGACCCGAGGGCCCGCCGGGGCGCGGCCAGGAACCAGAGCCAGGGCCCAGACUUCCUGUCGCUCCACCGGGCGCCGUGACGCAGUGUCUCCGCCGGAGUACAGGACGGAGGAGGCCGAGGAGCGGCUGGACAGUGGAUUCUCUGACCUCUCCACGCAGAGCUGCUCCGUCACUAAGAAGGUUCGUUUCUGUGACGAUGUGGAAGAGUUCUUUGCCAGCGGCGGCGAGGAGGACGAGGACCGCCGUGGCCCAUGGGAGGAGCUGGCGAGAGACCGCUGUCGCUUCCUGCGGCGCUGCCGCGACACGGAGCAAAGCAUCGCCUACGUCCUGCAGCCGCAACACCGCCGGCGAGUCUGGAGACGCCUCGCCGCCGCUGCAGCCCGCAACGUCCUGAACGCCUGAAUCUGUCUGGACGUCUGAGAGAAAUCUGUCCGGAUACCUGAGGAACCGACAGAUUUUCUCCAGGACGCCGCAGGAAUAUGUGUCUGUCCUCUACGUCCAGGACGCCGCAGGGCGAUCGAUCUGUCCUUUCUAGGGCUGUCAAAACUGUCCGAAAAUACUCAGAGGUUGAAAUAUUUUCAAACAUAUUGGAAGUUAGUCGAGACAGAACUACUUACAGGGUUGUAGUUCUUCUUACGUGGACAGUACAUGAAAAGAUGAGACGUUAGAGAGACAGAGGACAGACGGACAGACAGACUCGUUGUUUCUGUUUUCUCUCUCCAGACUCUAAAAAAUCCGAUUCAUAACCGACUCUUUGAGUGAAAUCUGAAGGGCUGAGAAGUCGUCACUGUGUCUUCUUUUUAUUCUGCAGACGGACAGAAAGUCUGCGGCCGAUUAUUCACGUAAUCAUCUGCUUUACUUUUUCUCUUUCAGGGCAGAAACCCUAAAACCCUAAAACCCCGGCGGGACUCUCUCUCUGCAGACAGAAAGCUGCCCAUGGUGUUGCGUGUUUUCAUUUUAAGCUUUUAUUUUUCUCUCUGAAGCCAAAGAUUGAAAGCCUCGCUGCAUGGAUGUUAACCACUGAUAAUCAGUAAGUGUUGAGCCUCUAAUCAGUAUCUGCAUCGCUGGUAUUAAAGUCCCUUUAACCAAGUAUCAAACAUCUUAUCUUCAGCUUUUAAUUCCAAACUACAAGUCCUUUAAAUUCACAGUAUUAAAGUCUGAUUUCCAGUUUUUAAAGAGAGUCUCAGUCGACUAGUUGAGUUUUAUUUAAUGUCUGUUUCAUGCCAAACGUUUGGGAUUGUAAAACUCGGAUAUUUAACAGAAAUCUUCAGGCGUCGCAGAUACAAAACGGAGAAAAUCAUGAAUAUCUGAAAGAAACAGAAACCUGUCGUAUGGAAACGUGUCGCCGCGGCGCCGGGAAAGAGAAACGUGUCAGUGUCAAGUUGUCACGUCAUUACGUAAAACGUUUGUGGUAAUGAGAUGUUUUCAUGUUGCUUCAACAUACAAAACUUAUUAAAUUAGAACAAGAAAACGUUUCUAUAAUAACUUUGUUUUCCACAUUAAAAGAGACAAAAAACGUCAAAAUACAAAAGCCACAAAAACUUUGAAGUCUACAGAAACGUUGGAAAUAAACGUUGAAAAAGUGACAAAAUUGUUGAAUUUUUUUUGGAAAAAAUUGACGAAACGUAAAAAAAAAAAAAAAAGCGACAGAAACUUUGAAAAAAAAAAAACAUCCCAAAAAGCGAAGGAAAUAUUGGAAAAGAACUUAGAAAAAAAGAAUUUAGAAAGUGACAAACGUAACAUAAGCGACUCAAAGAAAGACAUCUGGAAGGAUGUUUUAACGGUAGAAAGAUGUUAUCAAAGCAGAUGUUUUAUGUAAUAAUAACGUGAUUCUGAAAUGUUUCUCUUCCGUACGAUAGACUGUCUCCAGAUUAUUUAAAUGUUUCACACACAACCGUCUCCGCCUCAGUAUUUUCAAACUAAAACCUGUUUUUAGCUGAAAGAUUUUCACAAUAAAAGUAAAAGCAGGAAACAUCAGAAAGAUCUGCUUCUCUUCUUAGGAACUGUCACUUUAAAAGACACAAACAUUAAAAAACAAAACCUAAUUCUCUGACAUAUUCAGGUUUUAUCAUCAUUAAAAUAUGUUGUUUUGAAGUAACAAAUAAUUAGAUUGUAUAAUUCUUAAUUCAUAAUAAUAACUUUAAAUGUUUGGCUGGCUGGUAGCAGCUUCAGGGUUCAACGUUCAGGAUUUCUACUUGUACUUGACUCCAUCUCGGAGGGAAAUCUUGUAGGCCUACUGAACUACAUUUAUCAGUCACACCAACCAAACCACUAAAUGUCUCAUUUUAUUUAUUCAAUCAGACAUUUUCUCUACAUUUUAUCCCCUUGUAGUUAUUAAGUUUUUCUCUUUGUUCCAAUAAGCCUUAUAUUAAUUAUUUUUCCCCGAGGAAAAACGUUGAAAGAAAAAACCUUCGAAAUUAGAGCCAGAAAAAACACUUCAUAAAUGUCCCCGUUUGACUUUUAUUUUCCUCCAGUAAACAGGCGACAGAUCUUCACAACAACAUCUUUGUCUUUUAUUAACAACGUCUGAAUCUUUCUGAAACUGUUGCUACGAAUGUUUUAGUUUCAACUCCGAAUCAAACGUGUAACACAGUCUCGAGUCAGAACCUGAGUCAGAGUUUAAACUUCCUGUCUUCAACACACACAGGAAGUUCAUUUAAUAAAGUCCUCGUUUGGUCCAUAAAAUGUUAAAAACGUUCAACAUUUUCCCAGUUUGAGGUUUCUGCAGAAGAUCUUUCAAUGCAAACAGAUUUCAAACCCAGAAGGUAGAUCCGAGUCUUUACUUUCUGUUGCAGGACAGAGCCCAACAUCCUGGUACUUUAGUCAGACUAAAGUAUACUUCUGGGACACUAAACAGAUGAUUAGUGUGAGUCUUUGAAGUGUCUGCAUGUUGCACUAAUAUGUUUAUCACACAGCUGUGUGACUAAUAAUCAAUAAUCAGAGUUUAUUAUAAACAGGAGAAGUCUUUGGUGUUCCCUUCUGUCAGAAAAUGCUUUUUAUUUUUCUAAAUCAUGGUUAGUUUGGCGGCUGACUCGCUCUGCUUCAUCACUUCUCUCUCACAACUAAAAGAUUAUAAAUAUUAAGUAUUAAAUCAAUAUUUAAUGAUCACA